AUGGGAAAGGCUUCACCAGAGCACAGAGGAGCCUCCCCACCCCCUGGGAGCUGCUGCAGCCCCCAGGGAAUCGCCAGCAGCCAUGGCGAGCUGGCCGGGUGCAAGAUGAGCCUGACGACCACACCGGCAGCCAGCGUCGCCUUCUGCCUCCUCUUGUGCGUCCCCUGGGGCAGCUCCUGCCCCCCCAGGUGCCAGUGCACAGAGCGGGCAGGGGCCAAGGCCGUCCUCUGCAGCUCCCAGCACUUGGAGGAGAUCCCCAAGGACAUCCCCAAAGAUGCAGUGUUCCUCAAGCUGGAUGCUAACAGCAUCACCAGGAUCCCCAGCAAUGCCUUCAGGCACCUCUCCCACCUGCAGGAGCUUGACCUCUCCAGGAACGCCAUCGAGAAGAUCGACCGGGCAGCUUUCAAAGGGGUGGCUGCCGGCUUGCGGACCCUCGACCUCUCCAGCAACCACAUCCGCAGCAUCCCCAAGGAGGCCUUGCUGGCGCUCAAUGCCAAGCUCCGGCUGGCCAACAACCCCUGGCACUGCGAGUGCGCCUUGCAGGAGGUGUUGUGGGAGGCGCAGCUGGACCCUGACUCCGUCCAGGACAUCACCUGCCACACGGCCCCCCGGGAGGAGUACGUGGGCAAGCCACUGCUCCAGGUCCUGGAUGCCGGCGUCAACUUCUGCAGUGUACGUCAGAGGACCACGGACGUGGCCAUGUUCAUCGCGAUGUUUGGCUGGUUCGCCAUGGUCAUCGUCUAUGUGAUCUGCUAUGUCCGGCACAACCGAGAGGACACCUGCAAGCAUGUGGAUUACCUGAAGUCACUGCCGAGCACCCAGGGUCACACAGAGACCACCAGCACUGCCCUGUAG